AUGGCGAAUACUUCUUUCCUCUCCUCGUCACUCCCUGACUCUGAUUUUGAGCACAACACAAAGUUGGUGGUUUUUCAGGCCUUUUGUGUCAAGUUUGAGGAAGCGGCCCAGCAAUUCGUCACCGGACCGCAACGACGUUUCGCUCAGCAAUUUGCUCAAGAUUUCCUCGGUUUUUGGAAGCGAGAGCUCUCCUGCUCUGGGCCCGCGACCUCUAAGCCUACAUACAGCAGCGUGGCCGCUGCCGCACCUCCCACUAACGAUGACCGUCUGACCCACAGACAACAACAACGACAACAUGAACGUCGGCAAACAGAUCCACCCCGACGAGACCUCCGCGCCUUUAUCCGUCUAGAAGCCGGAGCUCCGGCCAGGGCCCACAGUGGCUAUGCAAUCCGGACUCUGAUCAGGGAGAAGCUCGGUGCCGUCUCAGACAAGAUCCGGCAGGUGUUCCAGCAAGCUGAGUGGGCUGCUGAACUAACGUUAAGACCUAUAGCAGUAGAAACGAACAAGGAAUGGUUCACCUUUGUGAUCUCAGACGUUCCUACAAGGCUGACUGGCAUUUACGGCAAUGAGGUGGAUAGUGACAGCGCCGUCAGCGACGAGAUAGAAAUCCAGACUGGGCUCAAGCCCAUUGAUGUACGUACCAGGAGACAAUUCUCGGACAACCCCUUGACCAAGGCCCUGCUUGUGUCUUUCCUGAAGCCCACAAAGAGAUUAUGGUCGCUCUUUGGCAGCAGCGCAGCCAGACUCGUCGACAAAACCGACCGACCCAGACAUUGCGAGACGUGCUGGGGCUACCACUUUGCCCGCAAUUGUCACAGACAGCCAGUUCGCCGACGCUGUGGUGAGGCUGGCCAUCUUGGAGACGAUUGCAUCGCACCAGAACAGUGCGUCAACUGCUUAGGCCCCCACCAGACCAACUUCCGUAGGUGCCCAGCUCGGCCAAAGACAGUGCACGGCGUGCUCCACCGACUCGCUAAAGAGCAACGAAAGCAUGUUCGGACCGUAGGCGCGGAGACAUACCGACAACGACACCCAGAACCACAGUCGGGAUCGCAUCAGGAAGCCCUGAAGGGCAUGGCUGAGCGACAAACCGUGGAUGUCACAUCACAAGAACAGCCGAACGCUCGUGCUCCCAGCCCAGCUGUAUCAGGAGCACAUUCGUGCAUCAUGGUAGCCACGACCCCUCAUGCUGGCUAUGGAGCAGAGGAGAAACCCGAACAGCCCAGACCAGGCUCACCGCGAAAGCGCCGAAUAAACGACAGGAAGUCGCUCAGGAUCUUCCAGGCUAACGUCGGCAAAAUCCCUCCAGCACACGACUGCACCCUGGCGCUGGCCGACUCGGAACAAUAUGACGUUGUGCUCUUGCAAGAGCCGUGGACAGCUCACACAGAGACCCGCAAUCUAACUCAGACUCACCCUGCAUAUGACACAUUUGCGCCGGUCGACAUGGAGAACGGCAACGACACUCGGCCUAGAGUGAUGACAUAUGUCCGACGAGACCCAAGACUUGUUGCUGACCAGAUCCGGCCUUUUCAGACCCGAGACAUUCUCUGGCCUACGGUCAACAGCAUGACAAUAGUCAACUUCUAUUGCCAAAACGACGAGAGUGACACCCUGAACACGCUACUUCGAUGGCCUGUCCCGGAACGCUGUCUUGUUGCUGGCGAUUUCAACGCCAGACAUCGUAGCUGGCAAACAGGCCAAACUACGAACCGCCGCCAAGAGAUAGCAGGAUGGGUGUCUGAGAAUGACCUCGGCCUUCUCAACACUUUAGAUAUUCCAACAAACCCGUGCGGCAACACAAUCGAUCUUGCCUUUACUAACAUACCACUUGCUGAAGCUAUCUGCGAGGACCAUCUCGCCGUCAGCUCUGACCACUUCACGCUCAGCCUGACCUUCUCCAACAUCAGAUCGACUUCGGUGCAGCCAGGCAAGUAUCAACUGUACUGCAGAACCCACGACGAUGUUCUGCUGUAUCUCAAAUACAGGUGCAUCAUCUAA